GAGAAAACAGAGGAAAGACUCAGUCUGAGAUCCAGGAUGGACAUGAGAUGCAGAAGAGACGACACACAAAAGAAACUUAAUUUUGCUGGAAAAGUAACAUUUCUCGCUGCCAAAUAAGGGAUUAUUUUGUGUGAAACGGCAUAGAUACCAAAUACCUUCUGAUCAUCUUCAGUUUUCCACACAAACUUCACAAAAGAGACUAAAAAGAGGGCAUUUUUCUCACGUCAGCCUUGACAGAGUGCAGCUAAACAACGUCUUCUACCUCAGGCUCAGGAUUAUGGUCAAGCCUGCCCUGUCGGAGGAUCUGAAAGAAGAUCAAAAUGCUGAAAUGUAAAGUUUACGGUUUCUUCAGCUCCCUGCUGCUGCUUCUGCUCCAGGAGGUGAUCACUGCAGCCGCCACCGUAAACCAUGUCGUCCCUUGUAGCAUCUCUGUUUCUGAAACACAAUCCAGCCUGGACUCCAUAUCACUGACUGUAAGCACAGCUGGGCACGACUGCCUCUUCUAUGUGACAUCACCAGAUGCUGCAGAAGAAACUUCUCCAUGUAGAAGAAGAAACAGAGAGGAGGAACCAAAUGAGAUAAGUGGCAUGAAGCAAGGAGAGGAUGAGCGAGGAGCAAACUACCUGGAAACCAACCAGCUACAUGGAGGAGGGGAUGAUGGAGGAAACAAUAGCACCAGAGAGGUUUUCACCUGUGUGUUGCAUCACCUGGAGCCCGGAACCGCCUACCAGCUGCAGGUUCGAUCGCAGAGAGACGGGGAGUCUGCAGAGGUCAACGUACAGACCAUGCCGUCAGCGGUGGUCGGCCUGGCUGUGACCUCCAGGACCUGCAGCAGCCUCAGCCUUUCCUGGCAGGCCGGGUCCGGCAGGACGCAACGCUUCAGGCUGCAGCUGUGGGAACAGAGACCAGAUUGGUCUGGUCUGCUGAAAAAUGAAACGUUGGAAAGCACAACAACGCAACACUCAUUGACUGGCCUGACGCCUGGGCGGCUGUACAACGUUACCGUGGUGACGGAGACUGGCGAGCUGCAGAACAGCAGGAUGAUCGAGGCUCAGACAGUGCCCUCUUCUGUUUUCAACAUCACUGCCGUCAACAACGGCACAAGCCUGUGGUUGUCAUGGCAACACCCUGACGGUGACGUGAACGCCCUGGUCAUCACCUGCUUCUUCAGUGGGAUGAAGGUCUGGGAGACGAUUCUGCCUCCAGAUGCCACAGAUGUAGUCAUCCACCAGCUGACUCCCGGCUCGACCUAUCAGGUUGCAGUGACGUCCAGGAGUGACACCCUGACUAACCAAUCAGAAACCACAGUCAGGACAGCCCCGGUGCCGCCGUCUCUGCUCUCUUUGUCUCCUUCGUCCUCUGGUGGCCUUGUCCUGACCUGGUCGCCCCCUGCUGGUCACUGGGAGAAAUACAGGCUUUUCCUGUUGGACGGUUUUCAGGAGUUAACCAGUACCGUUGUGGACCAGAAGGCUGUAAACUUCAGCUUUCCCGGGAUGAAACUAACACCUGGAAAGCUGUACAGAGCAGUUCUGAGAGUAGAGAGUGGAGGUCUGACAGCCGAAAGCAGCUGUGUUGGAUCAACAGCUCCUGCUCCGGUGUCCGACCUCCACAUUCGCCAUGCAGAUGAGACCUCGCUCAGUGCCAUGUGGAGCCACGCCCCUUCUGGGUCGCGUGACAGCUACUUCCUUACCAUUCGUCAUGGAAACCUCACCAUGGAUACCAGAGAGUUGGAGCCUAACAUGAGGGAGUGCACUUUCAAUGUACUCACACCUGGGAGACUGUACACCAUCACUGUGACAACCCGGAGCGGGAAACUGAACACGUCUGUGUCGGUAGAGGGGAGGACAUUUCCAGAGACGCUGCGUACCAUCACAAUGAGCAGCUCAGGAGUCAACAGCCUGCAGGCAUCAUGGGAAAAACCACCAGGAGAUGUGGAGUCUUAUAUGAUGAGCCUGAUGAGAGAUGGUGUUGUGGUUCAGAACCACAGCGUUCCGGCUGCUUCUUCUUCUCUGCUGCUGUUUGGUUUGACACCUGGAGCCCUCUACAGGCUGCAGGGCGCCACCGUCAGCGUGGACCUGCGGUCCAAACCCAUCAGUCUGGAGGCUCGCACAGCCCCGGCGUCUGUCUCCGAGGUGACUGUUGCCAAUGGCGGCAAGUCAGAUGUUCUGCAGGUGUCGUGGCGUCCUGCAGCAGGUGUGGUGGACAGUUACCUGGUCCGUCUUCAGGACAGGAGCCGGACCAUUCACACACUGGCCGUGUCCAGGUCCUCACUGCCCGAGUGCUCCUUUAGCUCGUUGGUCGCUGGAAGGCUUUACUCGGUUGUCAUAGUAACGAGGAGCAGUGAUCUGGAGAACACCACCAUGGUUCAGGCUAGAACACAACCGGCAACUGUGCAAAAUCCAACAGCUGUUCACUCUGCAAGAGACGACUUCCUCAAGGUGUACUGGCGCCAUGCAGCUGGAGAUCUGGACCGCUAUGUGGUUCUGAUCAGUUACAACCACAGCGUUCUGCAGAACAAAAGUGUCUCUGCCGGACACAACGAGUGUGUCUUCUUGUCCCUGACACCAGGGAGACUCUACACCGUCACCGUGGAAACAUGGAGUGGAGACUACGUCAGCAGUGUCUCCACUGACGGUCGAACCCUUCCAGCAGCUGUAAGCAAUCUGCUGUUAGGCAAUGCAGGAACCUCUCACCUGAACAUCACCUGGAGCCCCGCCUCUGGAGAUGUGGACCACUAUGAGGUCACUGUGCUCUUCAAUGACACUCGGGUUUUUCCUCCGGUGACAUUGGGAAGCAAGAUCCAACACCACCUGCUUACCUCUCUGACUCCCGGGCGGCUUUAUAAGAUCCUGGUGUCAACGUUUAGUGGUCAGUACCAGAAGGCCCAGUUUCUGGAGGGACGGACAGUUCCCAGUGCUGUAAAGAACCUGCGGAUGGUUCCUCAACCCGGUCUGACAGAUGCUGUAGGUGGAUUGUUGGCCUCCUGGACAACUGGAGAUGGAGACCUGGACAUGUACAUCACGUCUCUGUCAACCAUAGAUGGAGUUGCCAUUGAUACUCGUCCUGUCCCCAAACACGUCACCUCUCUGGACUUUUUGGAGCUGAUCUCAGGCCACGCCUACAUCAUCACUGUUCAAUCACUGAGUGGGAAACUGACCAAUAGCAACACAGCCACAAGCAGAGCAGCUCCUGCCAGAGUCACAGCCUUACAGGCCGACAACGACCACACCACCCACAGCCUUACCGUCAGCUGGGAGCGGCCGGUGGGCGUGUACGACAGCUACAGCCUGCAGCUGCUGGACGAAGCCGGCCUCGCUCUGAUCAAUCGAUCGGUUGCAGCGCACAGUCAAAGAGAGCGGCUGGAGGGCCUGACCUCAGGGAAGUGGUACCAUGUGAAGAUGGUGACGCUGAGCGAUGGCGUGGCUUCCCUGGAAGCUGCCGCAGCAAAUGGUCAAACACGUCCAGCUGCGGUCAGUAAUCUGACGGUCAAGUGGGUCAACACCUCCUCUCUCAGAUUCUCCUGGCGUCCCUCAGAUGGCCACAUAGACAUCUAUGACCUGUCUCUGUACAGCAUCACCGAGGCGACAGCCAAUCACAGGCCAGCAGCUAGCAGGAAGGAGCAUCAGGCUUCCGGUGAGCUGGUGGACCUGCAGAAGGUUGGUCCAGCAGCAGACAGCUGUGUGUUCUCAGGCCUGCAAGCAGGAAGUCUGUACAGACUGCAGGUGGUGAGCUGGAGCCGAAGUAUGAGCAGUGACUCGUCUGUACUCGCCAGAACCGUCCCGUCGCCGGUCUCGUCUCUUCAGGUCCAGAGUUCAGGACGGAUGGACAGACUGACAGCCAGCUGGCAGCAGGGGGAGGGAAGCUGGAACAGCUACCAGGUGGUGUUGUACGACGCCUCUGGAGACACUUUGAGAGCUCAGAUGCUGGGGGCAGACCACAGAAGUCAUACCUUUCUCGGGCUGACCCCUGGUAAACUGUACCGUGCUGAGGUCAUCACACACAGUGGGGAGCUGACCAAUAACGUUGCAGUAUUCGGGCGCACCUCUCCAGAACCACCAACACACCUGUCCAUCAAACAAAGCCCUACCAAUGACAUCAUGGAGUUGACGUGGUCUGCCCCUGCCUCGGGAGACUACAACGACUUCAGCUUGGAUUGGACACCUGGAGACCACCUGACUGUCACACGCACACUCCUGACCAGCAGGGUUGUGACCGGGAUGUUUCCAGGGCGACAAUACAACUUCACUCUGAAGACCAUCAGUGGGGGCAGAGCUAUGAGUGGCCCCACAGUCAGCAGCCAGCCAAUCCAGAAGAGCAUCAGGAUAAGUCCAUCUCCUCUGAAGUCCAUUCACUGCUUCCCCCUCUCAUCCUCCUCCCUCUCCUGCUCCUGGUUGCCUUCGCUGACUGACUUCGACUCCUAUGAGGUUGAAUGUCGUCGCCAUGACAACGGGGAGCUGACUUCUGCACUGAGGCUGGCAGGAGGCGUCACCGCGGUAACGCUGAACCACCUGGAUGCGUUCAGGAAAUACUCGGUGACAGUGAGAGUGUCAUCAGCUGGACAGACGAGUCCACCGACGACGCACACCACUGUAACCAUGAUUGACCGUCCUCCGGUCCCGCCUCCCAGCAUUCAUGUCAGCGAGAAGUCGUCCAAAGUGACGUCAUCCUCCAUAUUGUUCCGUUUCAACUGCUCCUGGUUCAGUGACUCUAAUGGAGCCGUCCGAUACUUCACCAUCAUUGUGGCCGAGUCCAACGCCAAUGAGAUUGUGCAGCCGGAGCAGCGGCACCCUCUGCCCUCUUACCGCGACUACAUCAGCAACUCCUCCAUCAGAGCAUAUCAGACUGCCUACUUCCCCAGCCGCUGCCCUCAGGACGCCGACAUGCCGGCUGGACAGGUGGUGGAGCUGAAUCUCGGUGCAGGAGGUGACCGGCUGGGUGGGACAUGCGACCGUUACCAUGACGACGACCUCUACCUGAGUGACAGCUAUGGCGACUUCUGUGACGGGCCGCUGAAAGCCAAAACUUCCUACAGGCUGAGCGUGCGAGCCUUCACCAAACUGUUUGAUGAAAACCAUCGGGAGUUGGCCGAGCCACUGUUCAGCGACACCUACAUGUCAGGACCGCUCAGGACUCACGCAGAGCCUCUAGGUGGCGUGGUGGAGGGUCUGAGCGCUGGCAUGUUCCUCAUCGGGAUGAUGGUGGCCGUCGCGUCUCUGCUGGUGUACCGACAGAGGCUGCGCAAAGUGGCUGUGCAGGAGAACCCGGUGGUGAGGAUGAGCAUGUGGAAAGAAGUUCCAGCCUCUGGGAUGUAUAUGGGUGUCAGGAGUAAUCGUCGAGUCACCAGUCCCAUCAAAGCCUGCCACUUCGAGUCCCACCUGUCCAAGCUGCAGGCCGACUCCAACUACCUGCUGUCUGAGGAGUUUGAGGAUCUGAAGGAUGUGGGCCGAAACCAGACAAUGGACGUUGCUAGACUGCCAGAAAAUCGUGGAAAGAACCGCUACAACAACAUCCUGCCAUACGAUUCCACCAGAGUGAAGCUGUCGUACCUGGAGGACGAUCCCUGCUCCGACUACAUCAAUGCCAGCUACAUUCCUGGAAAUAACUACCGCAGGGAGUACAUCGCCACUCAGGGGCCGCUGCCCGGCACCAAAGACGAUUUCUGGCGAAUGGUGUGGGAGCAUGGCGUAUACAACAUCGUCAUGGUGACGCAGUGUGUGGAGAAAGGGCGGGUAAAAUGUGACCAGUACUGGCCUGCAGACAGAGAGCCGCUGUACUACGGUGACCUGGUCAUUCAGAUGCUGUCAGAGUCCGUCCUGCCCGAGUGGACCAUCCGAGAGUUCAAGAUCACUUCGGAGAGCAGCAGCAGUUACCCUCGGGUUCUUCGCCACUUCCACUACACCGUGUGGCCGGAUCACGGAGUCCCCGAGAGCACCCAGUCCCUGAUCCAGUUCGUCAGGACGGUCAGAGACUACAUUGACCGAUCACCAAGUACUGGAGCUACCGUUGUGCACUGCAGUGCUGGAGUCGGGCGCACAGGGACCUUAAUUGCACUGGAUCGGGUUCUGCAGCAGCUGGACUCCAAAGCAACCAUCGACCUGUAUGGCUGCGUAUUUGACCUCCGUCUGCACCGCCAGCACAUGGUCCAGACUGAGUGCCAGUACGCCUUCCUGCAUCAGUGUGUGCGUGACGUCCUGAGAGCCAGGAAGCUUCGAAGCGAGCAGGAAAACCCGCUGUACCCCAUCUACGAGAACUUCAACCCAGAGUACUGCCACGAUUUCAUCUUCUCUGGACGCUAAAGCCAACAUCAUGGUGUUCCAGUCAGGAAUCUUGUUUCCAGCUGCCUCCUGGCAUCAGACCAGCAGGAUCUCAGCCCUGAGAUGUUGUCUAAAAAUUAGAAAGAAAUACUUCCUGGAAAUUUUCCUUUUGAGUAUUGGAAUAUGAAAUUAGAUUAGACACCUCCUUUAACCCAAGCAGAAAAGAAAGAAAUCAGUCACUGCACCCAGAAAAACUUAAAAAGCUUAAAAAUUAUGGAUGAGAAUAUAUGUCUCAAAGUUAAAUGCAGUUUCAUGUUUAAAGCUAGGAGAAACAAAUGGUGACUUAUAUACUGUCCUUCAGAAAGAAAGCUCCUUUUCUUGUCUCAUUGGAGGUUUAUGUUGUCUUGUGGCUUCAAACCUCCUGAUUACAGAUAACAACAAUCAAGCCAGAAAACCCAACAGAUCAGAUGGUCCACCAGGGAAGCAAAGCAUCUAUUUUUAUAAGCUCUAGAACGCUGUAUGUUCUCACUCUGCUACAUAUAAGCUGUUUAUUUAAAGACACGUAUUGCUGUAUGUAAAUAUUGAUGUAAUACACCUUUUUUACAUUAGAAUGAAUUUAUUGCUGUCAGAUAUGUUUAGAAUUUUACUUCCUGCUUUCUAUUCGUUUCAAUCUGAAAACUAGAAACUGUGAAAAUAACUUCAAGCAGGAAGUUUAUUUUCUUCCCUUUUUAUACAAUGCAUCAACAUUUUCUGGAUAAUCUGAAGAGAUUUACAUAGUUUUUCUUGCUUCAGACAGGAUUGAAUGUUUAAAUCCUGUUCUGUUCAUUUUAAAUGAUUUCUGCUCACAUAUGAAGUCUUUUAUUCAUUUUUAGGUGUUUAGUGAUUGAAAUAUUGAUUAUAUGAAUACAGUUCCAAAUUAUAGGUAAUUAUUUCAAAAUUCACAGUCAGGUGAAUGAAAGUUUAAACUGCACAUUUUUUUUGAUAAUUUCUGCUGUCUGAUCACUGGAAAGUGGAUUAUAAAGUCUUGAUUAAAAGUAGCUGCCCAACA